AUGGAAAAAUGGUGGAAUCAAUGCAACUACAUAAAAGGUACGCCCAGCUUCUGUUUCACAAAAAAAUUUGCUCAUACUAAGAAUCAACUAAAAAUAUGGAAUAAAGAGGUUUUCAAGAACAUAUUCUCUGAGAAAGAAAGUAUUGAGGCUGAACUUGAAACUCUAAAUUCAAAAGUCAUGAACAAUGGAAUGGAUGACUUCAGGAAAGAAAAAGAAUUGAAGGCUAUGUUAUCAGAGAUUCUAACUAGAGAGGAGAUUUAUUGGAAAGAUAAAGCCAAAGAGCUUUGGAUUAAGGAGGCAGAUAAGAACACCAUAUUCUUCCAUGCAUCGGUAAAAGCUAGAAGAGCCCAAAAUAUAAUUAAUGAAAUUAGCUCUGAAGAUGGGAUUUGCCGCAAAGACAGAGAUAGUAUCAGUCAGGCUUCUGUAGCCCACUUCAAAGAAAUUCUAAACUCUAACGAAAGGAGGGAGGAGUUAUGCUCUACUAAGCUGCUAGAAGCUAUUCCAAAGAUGGUUACAGAUAGGGACAACCAAAUGUUGUUGGAACCAUUCACAGAAGACGAAGUUCGUAAGGCAGUAUUUGGACUUCAUCCAGACAAAGCCCCAGGGCCGGAUGGCAUGACCGCAAGAUUAAAAAAAGUAUUACCAAAGCUCAUUUCCAGCGAGCAGAAUGGCUUCACGCCGGGUCGGGAGAUAAUUGACAGCAUCAUUCUCACAUCUAAGACCAUACACUCAAUUAUCGGGGACAGACGGAAAGCAAUGGUUAUUAAACUCGACAUUUCUAAAGCCUUUGACAAAGUAAGGUGGGAAUUCUUGAUGGAGUUCGCAAAUGACACCACCUUGUUUGGAGAAGCAACCAUAAGGGAGGCACGGGUGAUUCAAGAUUCAUUGGAACUCUAUGCCAAUGCUGCUGGUUGGUCUAUUGGCUCAUUACCGACAAAGUAUCUGGGAGUACCCUUAAUCGUUGGUUUAGCAAAACCAGAGGUACGAGAGGAUCUGAUUUCUAAAUGCAGGCAAAAGACAGAGGCCUGUAAACAUAAAUGGUUGGCUCUUCCGGGUAGAAUUCAACUAAUUAAAGUUGUUUUGUCGGCUAUGCCUAUUUAUGCAAUGUCAGUUUUUAAACUAUCCUCCAAAGCUAUACAAGCUCUUGAAAGCUUCUUCAAAAGGUUUCUUUGGGAUGGUGCUAAACAGAUUAAGAAAAUACCACUCAUUGGCUGGGAUAUUGUAUGUUGUUCAAAAGAGGAUGGCAGAGCGGGGCUCAGAAGAUUAGAAAUACAGAACCUGGCACUUGGUGCGAAACUAAUUUGGAAGAUAUACCAUUCCCCCGAGAAAUUGUGGUGCACAAUUAUGCGGAAGAAAUAUUUGGAUAACGAGGAUCCCACCAAAAUACUAAUGGCCAUCGGAGCCAAAGGAGGAUCUGCGCUUUGGAGAUUCAUAAAGGAAUGUAGACACAUAAUCACUGAUCAUCUCUCUUGGAAGAUUGGGGAUGGGAAAAGAGCCAGGUUCUGGGACGAUUCCUGGGACGGGCACGAAAGCCUAUGCAAACUUUUUGAAGGAAGUGAUUGGAUAAAUGAGGCUUAA